GGAGGAGGAGUGGGAGGAAGCAGAUGUCCUGCUGCCGCGGCGCUGCCACACGAGCAGUGAGCGCUAGAGCAUUUGCAUUUGCCAUUGUGUGACCGGUGUGUUCGCUGUGCAGUGAUGCCGUCCAAGGCUCAGGGUCCUUGGGGUUAUUUACUAAGACUUCCAGUGGGGUCCGGUGCUAUAGAUUCACUAUUGCCCUUAGAAUUACAAACGAAGGAAGUGAUCGUGAAAAAAACAUUUUUAAAUCCAUUGAAACACGCACACGUAAUAAAUACUCGAUUCUUUACAAAUGUGGGCCAAAAAACUUACAUAGGAAUGGAAUACAUGGCAGGAGGGGACUUGUCAGCUUUUGUUCGAGGAGGAAGAGUGAUUCUUACAGAGAAUCAGACCAAGUUGAUUUUCUACCAGUUAACUGAUGCUGUUGUUUACCUCCAUAGUAAGGGUGUCUGUCACAGAGAUCUAAAGCCUGCCAACAUUCUUUUGCACCGUGCUCAGCCACGUACAUUAAUCAAAGUCACUGACUUGGGAAUAUCAAAAUCAGAAUUAUUGCACAGUCCACCUAAUACGGCAAUUGGAACACUGCCCUUUAUGGCUCCUGAGACAAGACAUCAAAAAUACACGAAAAAAGUUGAUGUAUGGAGCUUGGGAGUAAUAUUGUAUUUGAGCCUAACAGGUUCAUAUGCCAGUGUCAAUGCUAAGAGAAAUGACGUUCCCCUACCUGAGCUGGCAUCAAAUCGGAUUGUGACAAGACUUAUCAAGAAAAUGCUUCAAAUUUCACCAACUCACCGUGCAGAUAUUACGGAAGUUAUGGGGCAUGAGUGGUUACAGGUGAAGUAG